UUCUAUUUUCUUUCUAUUAUAUAUAGAAGGCUAUGUACAUUCAUAAGAUAUUCACAUCAUCCUAUAACUUGUGUUUGUGUGGUAUUGAAACUUCCUAACAUAGAAAUCAUGAAUUCUAUUCAACAAACACAAGAAAAAUGGAAGGGCAAAGCUAAAACAGAAUUACUAGGAUGCAAAGCAAAUCAAGUAUGGCCACUUUUAGAGGAUUUUUUUGGCCUUGGCAAAUGGUUUCCAACUCUCUCAACAUGCAUUCCUCUUGAAGGAAUAUCCGGCAAACCUGGUUGCGUCCGAUUUUGUGGUGGUUUCAAGACUCCAGUUGACGAACAUGGCAAACAAACUUUGAAUUGGACUAAGCAGAAACUUCUUUCCAUCGAUCCAAUUCAAAGGGUAUUUACUUAUUCAAUUAUUGAUGGAAAUGUUGGAUUCCAUAAUUAUGUUUCAACUGUUAAGGUACUUGAAAAAGAUGAUGGAUGUGUGAUUGAGUGGCUUUAUGAAGUUGAACCAGUUGAAGGGUGGAAAUUGGAGUAUCUUGAUCUUUUCAUUGGUUCUGGCUUGGAUGAGAUGGGUCAAAGAAUUCAAGGAGCUUUGAAAAUCAUGGAAAAUGCACUUGUUGGAGUUUGAAAUUGAAGUCAUAUAUCAUGAUUAAUCAUCAAAGAGCUUGAUUUUUAUUUGAGCUCGAAUUCUGGUUGAAAUAAUCGUUGGUCAGCCUUUACCUCUCAGCUGAACUCUAUAUCUUGAUUAAUUUCUAUCAGGCAUCUUCAAGUUUUUCCGUAGUUUCGAGUGCUCAUAAAUGUGUUAUGAGGACUAAGUAAAAUCUCGUGUCUACUUAUAUUUUUGUGUAUCGUUUGUUUGUCAUUACUUAAUAAUAGUAAAGGCUAAGGUGUGUGUUAAAAGUUGUAUUGUUUAGGUGUGUUUUGGGUUUGUAGCAAAAAUCAUAAGCUUGAUUAAUUUUUAAGUGUGUUUAUGAUUCUA